AAUAUUUUUGGUUGCUGCCUACUGGGUUAGGCUCUGCUACACGCCUGGCUAACUUUGUGUGAAAUAUAAGAGCCUCUUUAUGCCUGGGGGCUUUAGUCUGCAAUAGGUAAAGUCCGCAUUGUAAGAUUGGUGGAAUUUCAAAAUAGAAAUAACAAAUGAGUGAAAUAUAAAAAUUCUAGAAAAGAGGAGCUCUUUUAAUUUCUGGGUAUAUAUAUAUGAACAAAAGCAAAACUUAAACAGUAACUAUUGGUUAUACAUACGGUGAUGUUUAGCUAACUGGGUCACACAUGAACAUGUCCAUCACAAAGUUUGAACUCCAACAACGUUAGAGCAGUCAGCCAUGGAACAAGGCAGCCCGUCUUCUAUGGACGAGCUUGUCAUGGAAGCACAGGCGGAUGACACGAGUACCGUCUCUCUAUCGGACGUGCUGUCGUCAAGAAACUGUUACCUCGGGGAGCUGGAGUUAUGGGCCUUGUGCCGGGAGUGCUGCCUCACUCUGGAGUACGUCCACACCCACGUGGAGCUCUUUCAGUCGAUGUAUAUCAGCCCAAACACAGUGGCCUUUGACACGGAAGGGAAUGUUUGCUUCCUAGAUUUAGAUAUGGAUCCAGACCCAAUGUUUGUUGCUCCGGAAGUGGUGGGCAGUUCGGGGAAUUCUUACAAGACCCAUUUGUUUUCACUUGGCAUGACAUUAUUGGCUGCAACAGAGUACAACACCAGGUCAGAUGAACCUAAUGCAGAGCUGAGUGACACUUUUACUGAACUUUUGGCAUGCUUGACGAAUGAAAAUAUUGACCAAAGACCUGACCUAUAUACAGUUUUAGAUGCCUGUGAUGGAGCUUUAGGAGGUCAUCAGUCAUCAGAGAUUUGCGCUAAAAUUAUAGGAAUAGAACAUCACGAGAUAAAUUACAAUAAAGAGAAUACUACAACACAAUCUGACAGUCAUGGAUCUGAUAACAAACAGUUCUCUCCAAAGUCAAACCCGAGUCACAAUUUUAAAGACGUCAAUGACAACUGUGUCAACAAAGCAUCACAAGAAGUGGAUCCCUACCACAAAGGUUUUGAAAGUAGCAGUUUAGAAGAUGAUGAUGGUUCCCUGAAAAAAAAUUAUGUAGCAGACUGUCAGCUAGCCAAGCCACAAAGGUUGACACUUAGUGCGCUGUUGAACAAUCUAGAUAGAUAUUUCAAUGAAUCUGAAGUGUGGGCAUUGUGUUCUGAGUGUGUCUUCUAUUUACAAAGAAAAAAAAAGCAUUUACCUGCAUACAUAUCCCCUGACACUGUGGUUUUAUAUGACUCUGGUAAAGUCAGGUUUAAACCUGUCGGUGAGGAGAAGCUUCUAGAAAUGAUUUACAUGGCACCAGAACUACAACAAAAAGGAACAGUCAGUGAAAAGACUUGCUUGUAUGGACUUGGCAAGACUUUACAGAGUGCAGUCGGCCACAAAUAUUCCUCUAACAUGGAAGAUGCUGAGACCCUGGACAUUCUCAUUCAAGCCUUUACUCAGUCUAAUGAUGAGAAGCGCCCAACUUUAGAAACAGCUUUCGAGAUGUGCCAAGAGUAUGAAAAAUGUAACAGAAUCAACUAUCUUCAUAUCCGGCAAAGUCUUUAUAGGGAAGCAACAAGACAGAUGAUGAAAACAGAUGUUGAAAAUAAUAUGAUACAAGAGACCUCUAAGAAUAUCACAUCUGGAUUACAAGAAAAAACUACAGGAAGUACCUCCCAUUCUACUGAUACUUCUGUCAGCGUAAUGUCUUCUGCAUUUCAACCUGUCAAACAAAACAAAACUAGUAAAAUUAAUGACAACCUUACCAACAUGCCUGCAGCAUUUUCUUCGCCGGCCACUCACUUUAAACCCAUUGUGAUUGAACAUGCUGUCAACUCUCAGUCAGUCGCUGCUGGUGACAGUUCUGAUGACAAACUGCACGGCAAAGACACAAAUGUUGUGACCAAGCUCAAGGAGAUCAAAGACAACAUGCUGAAACAUCACAAAUCUCAUGUUGAUCACAGCGUAAGAGAGAGGCGGAAAGAAAAUUCUGAUACGGCGAGUAAAGAAACACACUCGAGCUUGGCUAACAAACCUUCUAGUGCAUUGCCUGAUCAACCUGUUCUGUCACAGACUAGCAGCAUUGGUGAACAAAUUCCUAGUGCCGAGGUUUUAGUGACAGCUAUUGCCCAGUAUUUAAAGACACAUUUGACUAAGGAUAUAUUGAAUGAAUCAAACACUACUAGUUUAGCAUUGCAAUCUAAAAGUGCUUCUGUCUAUAAUGGGGCUUCCCCUCCUGAGCAGGCAUAUCAGUCCAUGGGCUACUACUCUCAACCAGCAUUAUCAUCAUACACCACCCUUCCAACUAACAGCAACACAAUAUUGACCACAGCCAUCUCAGCUCAUCCCAUAUCCUAUGCUGCACCUGGUAACCUGGUCUAUCCUACAAACAGAAGCCUAGCUCCAGGCAAAACUCCUCAUGCUGGGAUUAAUGUCUCACAGCACCUACCUCCCAAUGUGGUCAUGUCUUCAACUGGUAUAGAUAGUAGUAGAUACCCAGUGCAAUAUGCUGGGCCGCCUUCUUAUAACAGUGCCCCACCUCCUUACUAUCAAAACCCUGCGCUGGGCAUGAUUGCUCCGCCAGCUCUUCCAUACCAAGUCUCUCCCCAGUCUCAACAAGCUCCAUACCUUCAACAUUACCAUCAUACUCAUGAUACCUUGCAUCCAGAAGUUAACAAACAACUUUAUGCUCAGUAUUACCAUGACAUGGAUUACCCCAGACCUGCGAUGUCAUCUCAUAAACACAUGUCUGGUAGUCAAUAUCCCAAUGGCAGUAGCUGGCAUGGAAGUUUGCAUCGGCAUCCCAGCCAGCACAAUCAGAAUGACGCUGCAAACAAAUUCCCAGAACUGGAAUUACGAGACCCACAUUCCUCCUCCCCAGACUCCCCCUCACCGUCGCUGUCCAAAGACUCGGGUAUAUGUUUAGCACAGCAGAAUGACCGUCUGGCUUCUCAAAGGCAGAGUCCAUUAUUUCAUGUCCUGCAGAUCAUCAGGGACUAUUUUACGAUAGAUGGAAUAUUUGACACUGGAGUAGAGGAUGUGGUUAUGACUGAGUAUAUCUUGUCACUGAGAUCACUCAAGUGGGAAACUUUCUGCAAUGCUGUCACAGAGAAGUAUUGUCACCUGGUGUGGAGUAAGAACUUACUUCAUAAAUUAUACCUGGCCAUAAGUAGGAUAUCACCUCAGUCUCAGAAUAAACCCAGCUCUGUGGAUGUGACAGUUAAAGCCCAACUGUUUCAUCAGAACUCAAUUAGCCCACAGACAGACAGUUUCAGGCCAAGCCCAAAAGAACACAACAAAAGUACAUCACCUUCAAGCAAUACAACAACCCAGGCUGGCAAGUCUGCUUUACCACAGGAGAAAGAAAAAUCUGGCAAACAUCUGCCACCAUCAUUACAUUAUUCUCCUGAAGAAAGAGAAGUCAACCAUUCUACAGAAGUGUUUACCAGACUACAGAACUCUUCUGCCAUCCAAUCUAAUCCAUUAUCUGUGAAGCCCUCUAGAGACAGUCAGCAUUUAAACCAAGUCCCUUUUAACCAUUAUGAGACAAUUAAAACUAAAACAGAUUCAACUAGCCUUUCUUCUAACUUCAGUAAAGAGCAAAGUUUACAUCCAAAUAAUUUAAAAGGUUCAGGAGAUCAGUAUGAACAUCCAAAUUAUUCACAGCCUUAUCCUGAUUCAUUUCAUUCUUUACAAAAUCCAAAGAAACAGCAAUGGCACAAUAUAAAGUCUAAUUAUCCAUCUUCAACUGCAUUCAUGCGUGAUCCAGCUGAAGUGACGAAAGUGCCGGCACAUCACCCUAACACAUACAGAAGGCCAGUACAAAGACAAUUAAGAGCGCCCUCUGCACCAGUCACAUUCGAUUCCAAGACUUAUAAUGAUGAUGACGUGUUUACAGAAUCCGAUUUACAUAUGUCUGCAGAGAUGAGAAAGUUAUCAGCAGAACUCUUCAAAGAUAGAACACAUAAGAGUCAAGCAUUUUUACCUACAAUGAACCCUAGUCGACCUCGAAUUGCUGAUGGCAAGGAAGUGAUGCAAAGAAAUAGUAGCUAUACUCCUCAGGGUACUGAUACAAGAAAUAAAAAUGAUAGCCCAAUAGUGCCCCAAGUGGAAUUAUCCAAAUGCAUCACUUCUGAGGUCACACAGAGUCACAAACAAGAUUUGAAGCCUGUCAACUCCCAAUCUAAUUCUGUCUUUACCAACAGAUUCACAGCUGAGGAAAAUGGCUACAAAGAUUCUGAAAAUACAGCUAAACAUUUUGGUCAUAGUACACAUCUUUCAAUGUCAUUAAAUAAAAAUGACACAUAUGUCAAUCACAAUCCCACAUCCAAAAUAGAUGGUCCAGGUAUCAAGAUGUCAUACAAUCGUUCCCUGUCGGCAGUUUACAGCAGGCAACCAGUGGAAACAGGGGUCAAGGUGAUUGAUAAAGAUAUAUUCUCUGCCAAUCAUCAUCGAACUGCCUCUAUGGGCUCCCUGGAACACAUGGACCUAAAUAGCCCGUUGCUUGAGUAUGUCAAAAGGAGCCAUGUAGUUUACCACUCAUCUAUGAUUCAACUCAGUUUGACUCCAGAGAUGAAUACAUUUAUCAACUCCAUUGAUGAAGAGAAUAAAUCUUCCAUAGAGCUUCGAAUGGCUGGCAUACGUCAGGAAAUACUUGUUCUUAGGAGAGAAAGGAAAAAAUCUCAGAAAUUUUACAGGAGACUUAAGGAGGGCCAAAGUGUCAAGGUCACUAAAGGUGAUCAACAUGUGAGUGAUCAGACUUUGAAGGAAUUGUCAGACAUUGCCCACAAAUUGUCCUUUUUACUGAUGUGUCAAACUCAUCUCCAGAUGUUGUUAGCUGAGCUGAAUGGUCUCAACACUUGCUUCCUCUACACCCUUAGUGCAUGUGAUGGUAGUCUGCUGUUUCAGCCAUGUAAAGAUAACCCCUACUUGCAGUUCCGCACCAUUGCCACUCCAGACUCUGAUCCAUUGACUGUCUUACAAGCUGGCUCACCAAGAGGAUUAAUGUCUUACCUUUAUAAGUCGUCUGCAUUGAGUGAUGGCUACAUCCACCAGUUUCUGAUGUGCUUUAGAUAUAUACUGACCGCUGACCAACUCUUGACCUUUAUACUUGACAAGUGUCACUCGUCACAAAGUACUAAAACUAGAGAUGUCAACUUGACCCAUGUGGAGAGACGAUCUCUAGACCUUCUUCAUUAUUGGCUGGAGGGUUACUACAGUAUAGACUUUGCUACAGACAGAAAACUUGUGUCAAAACUUGUGGACUUUAUCAAAGAGCAGAUCGAGUUGAAGGUGGAAGGGGCAGACAAUCUGUUUAGCUUGUGUUCUGCCUGUAAGAUGGGAGAUCACUCUGAGUUGAUGUUGAUGACAGAACUGGAGGAAGAUGAGGAGGAUGGAGAUGACACAUUUUUCUUGCACUUAUCAAGUCCUAUGAGAUCUAAAUCUGAUUGGAUGCUGGAGUGGAACAGUUUUAGAUCCUUACUGAAGAUUUCUAAACCAAGCAAGGGAAGCUACCGCUUAGGGAAAACUAAAUCAGAGCAGAGGUUGAAUGCUUGUACUGAGGUUCAAAGGUCAUCUCAAAAGUUUUCUGUCAUUGAUUGUUCGGCUCAUGUUUUGGCAGAACAGCUGACACUUUUGGAGCAGGAAUUUUUCCGCAAGUGUCAUCCAGUACACUUUUUAAACUCUCAGUGUCAAGGAGUGGGCGUGGCCCUGUCUAUGCCCGGCCUUAGGACUCCAUCAAUGUCAAGGAAGUCAGAGACAAUUAGCAGCCCCAAGAAAGGUUUGUUCAUUGGGGAUCCAGUCAUUCAGUCUAGGCUCGUUGACAUGAUCACACACUCCCAUGAGCUGGCUCACUGGGUGUCAGUAGAAGUACUUAGUUGUGGCUCUCACAAGUCCCAAGUCAACUUACUGACCAAGUUUCUGACCAUUGCCCAGAUGUGCUUAAAUGUCAGGAAUUUUGCCACAGCUCUGUCCAUAUUGGAUGGCCUUGAGAACUUGGUAGUCAAACAAUUACCAGUCUGGAAGGAUGUACCUGCCAAGUAUAUUGGUUAUAUGAAUGACCUCAACAAUACUAAGGUUAAACUUAAGAGUGAGUCAACCUGGCUCAUUUCAGAAAAAGACUGGCACCUCCAACCAACGAUUCCCAGUGCUCUCUUUGUAGCUUUGCAGAUCCAGCAGUUGGAAAUUGGCAGUUUUACUUUGGCUAAUGGAAUGUACAAAUGGGACAAAAUGAGGACCAUUAGUGAAGCAGUUGAUCAGCUGCGAAUAUUUCGAGACCAUGAGUAUGGGUUCCAGCCUCAACCCGAUGUCCAGUUGUCUUUAAAGCGAUGUUUAAGUGAGUUCAGCGACAAGGAUCUCCAUGUGGUGGCAUCCACUCAGGAGAACAACUUCCGCAGACACUCUUCCUCCUCUUCCUUGUCAGGCACUUUGAAAAGAAUGAAAGAGAAGCUACAGUCAAUCAAAAAAUAAUUGAUGGUGUCUCCUGUUAAGUUUUCUUGAUUCUUCUUUCUUCUUCUCAUUGUUAUGUUGGACUGGUCCAAUGACUAGACCAAUAAACAAACCCUGGACUGGUCCGAUGACUAGACCAAUAAACAAGCCCUGGACUGGUCUGAUGACUAGACCAAUAAACAAGCCAAACUGUGUUGAUGAUCUGAAACUGUUUUGUUUGAUUUUUGUUUGUUUUUUUUUUUGUCUUUGUUGUUCUAUAAACAUGUACUUGGGGUUUUUUUUAGAUAUAAAAACCCAAAUUGAUUUUAGCUGUUUCAUAAGAAAAUAUAUAGAGAAAAUGUUCUUGUAAUGUUGUUAACUCAUAUUGGGAAUACAUAAUUUAAUUCUGUUGUUCAUAAAUCAAGUCUAACUACUGAGAAAAAAAAAUGUAUGUUUCAAAACUGACUUGACUAGACUUGACUUGACUUAAUCCUUUGCACUCCAAGGGGAGCAUAGGGCCGCAACCACACCUCUCCAUGGAACUCAGUUCUGAGCAGAUUUCUUUUGUGAUGUCCAAACUAUCCUGACCAUAUCAGACCUUGAUGUGGUGAACUCUGGCCCCUCCAAACUUCUGCUCACAGGGCCUUAAGAAGCUAUAGAAGUUUUUUCCGUUGAACUCAACUUUUUAAAUUUUUUUUUACUGUGAUUGGGUCUGUUUUAAAAAAAAAAGUAAAGUUCCCCCUUUCAGACCUUGUGGUUUAUAGGGCAAAUGAUGUAAAGGUCAUCUGUUUCUGUGGCCUACGGUUAACAAGGGUGUCACGUGGCCAGCACAAUGACUAACUGCCUUUACUUUUCCCUAACUAAUGUCAGGUAGGGCCUACCCAUUAGAGCUGGGUGGACUCAGAGGUGCCCGAAGAUCCCGAAAUUAAAAAUCCCAGUCUUCACCAGGAUUUGAACCCUGGUUCGGAAGCCAAGCACUUUACCGCUCAGUCACUGCGCCUCCGGGUCUGUUAUACUUUUUAUAAAUAUGGACGCCUACCAGGCUAUAAAAGGUUGGCCACCACUGCAACUAAACAAUGGGUUGAGUUUGGUUUCCUGGCUAUUUUUAAAAUAUGCGCAGAGAAUGGUAAUUUGUAUGGUUUUAAAAAUAUUCAUAAUAGUUUUUUAAUUUGUAAUAAUAUUUUUCAACAUAUUGUUUUGUUUUAAAUAUGCUUUUCCUUUCAGUUUAACCUGAUAGUAACUCAAUCUUGUUUAUUAGUUUUAUGAACAAUAGCAGAUUAGGAUGCCUAAUGGCUGUAAAAUUUCAAGACAUAUCUUACUUAGUCUUACGGGGAGUAGUUUGUCAGAAUUGAGACGAUUGUAUAAGACUGACAUUGUUUAGAACUUUGUGGUCUGGGUUUAAACUUGUGUAAUUUUAUCUUUGUUUUAACAUUGCUUGAACUUUAUUACACAUGAAAUUGAUUGACUGUAUUUAAUCUGUGAUAAUUAUUUAUAUAUUAACCUUACUAAUCCGUCCAGUCAUUUAUGACCAUUAAAACUUGACCAAGGUUUCAUUGUACCAGGCCAGUCAUAUGUCUGUUUUGUAAUUGUACUAAACAAAUGAAUCAACGUA